AGAAUAUGCGACUGAUGCGACCUCAAACAGUUGGUCACGGUAUUCCUAUACAUAUUAUUUCUUAAUUGAGAAUGAAAAUAAAAAUGAUGCAUCAAUUCGCUUGGUAUGUGUAUAACAUUAUGAAUUAUACUGCAAUUAUGAUUAUUCGUUAAAUAUUGUACGUUAUAUAUUAAAAACGUUCAAGUUUUUGUGAAUUUAAUCGUUUUCAAAUUUCUGAUAAAAACAUAAGCAGUUUUCUAGGUUAUGUACAUAAAAUGUUUUUUUCUAGAAAGAACUUCUGUUUAUUUAUCAUAGUUUUAGUUCAUGUAAUAGGUGUUUUCGGACGAAUGGGUGAAUGUGAAGUGAUAGAAGUAAUCUCAUUUAAGAACUCUGAUCAAAAACCUGAAUCUAAUUCAGAAGAUGUAAAAUAUGAAGAAGAAAAUAAAAUUAUUGAAGCAAAUGUGACAGCAACUAAUUCGUCUUCUAAUGUGACUAAAGUCAAUUGUUUAACAGAUAAAGUCUAUGGACCAGUAGAAAUUGUUAAUGCAACCAGAUUAAUGAAAUUAUUAAUCUUAGAACCUGGACCAUCAAAUAAGAGUAGAAAUGAUAAAGAAGGCAGACUUUUACCAGGAACUUGUGUAAUAGUAUUAUUUUAUGCCAGAUGGAGUAUAUUCAGUAGUCAAGCUGCGCCACAUUUUAAUGCAUUGCCACGUUCAUUUCCACAUAUUAAAGCAGUAGCAUUAGAUGCUAUUAAAUAUCAAAAUUUUAAUGCUCAAUAUGGAAUUGUUGGAGUUCCAACAUUAAUGCUUGUUCAUAAUGGGAAACCUGUAGCAAAAUUUAAUUAUACCGUUUACACAUUGGAAACUUUUGCAAAAUUUAUAACACAAAUAACUAAUUUACAACCAAAUGGAUCAUUAUAUGUUACAUCCUUGGAUUUUUCUGGUCCUGUUUCUAGUACACCUUCUAAUGGAACAGAUUAUUGUUUAGUUCUUUCAUGGAUUUUCAUUACUGCAUGUGCUUUGUACUUUACAUCUCAAAGUAGAUGGUGGCAACAAUUUGUAGAAUUAAUUCAAAAUACAUGGCGUGAAAGUAAUGCUCAGCAUGAGCAUGUUGAUUAAAACAUAAAAAAAGAGACUAUUUUUAUUCCAUGUAACAAAAACAUGGCAUGAAAUUCAAACGCAUGGUAUUAUUAUUGAUUUACGUGAUAAUAUAUAUUGUAAUUAUUAAUUAAGACAAUGUAUAUAUACUUUGCUAAAUAAGUAAAAUAUAUGUUAUUUAGAAAGA